AACGUGAUCGCCCGAGGCCCCUCCUGCCGCCGCGAGGGAGCGCCAUAAAAGCCCUGUUGCGCCCCGCUCUCCGCACCGCGUCCGCCGGCGCUCACCCCUCGGACAGGCGCCCCGGGACCGCACAGCCCUCGCCGCCCGGCCACGCCCGCCACCAUGCUGGGUAGCAAGCGCCUGGGGCCCUCCGGACUGACCCUCGCCCUGUCGCUGCUCGUGUGCCUGGGCGCGCUGGCCGAGGCGUACCCCUCCAAGCCGGACAACCCCGGGGAGGACGCGCCGGCGGAGGACAUGGCCAGAUACUAUUCAGCGCUGCGACACUACAUCAACCUCAUCACCAGGCAGAGGUAUGGAAAACGAUCUAGCCCUGAAACACUGAUUUCAGACCUCUUGAUGAGAGAAAGCACAGAAAACGUUCCCAGAACUAGGCUGGAUGACCCUUCUAUGUGGUGAUGGGAAAUGAAACUUGCUCUACGGUCUUUGCCUAUUUUUCAACCCAAAUUUCAUCCUAUAAAACCAGAAUCUGCCUAUCCUCCCAAUGCAUGCAGCCAAUGUGCUCAACUGUGCAGUUUCCCUUUGACGUCCUUGUAUAUAUGUGUGUUUAAAUAAAGUACCAAGCAUUCAAAAAUGUUA